AACACCAGCAGAAUCAAGUUCAGUAUAAUUACUUGUUGAAGCUCCUAUAGUUCUCAUAAAACCUAGAUAGUCCUUUCGUCUUUUGUUCAUUUUGAUUUUCUUUUAAAUAAACAGCUCAGAUAAACCAUAAAUAGCUUUCUUUUUAACGACCUUCCACUAUUUUGAACAACGCUUUUCGUCAUUAUGCAUGAAGGAAAUGCGCUUGUUAUUUUGUCACAAAUUUUGUGACAUAAAUUGUAACCAGUGAUGAAUCUAACUUAACAGAGAAAAGUAAAAUAUUUCAUACCAGUGAACAGAAGUCCAUAUCAUGAAAUAUACAGUAACAAAGUAAGACACUAGAAGAUUAUUCUUUGUAUUCAGACUACUUGAUUGUACAAUACGUGUUUUAUUUUGUGAGAAGAAUUACGAAAUUAAAAACAGUGUCAAGUACGGACGAAAUAUAGAAAGGAAAAGAAAGCAGACUAUAAAUAUACAUAUGUUCUAUACUAGAACGAGACAACUUGUGUUAUUCUUGCAAUUGAAUAAUGACAUUUUCUUCUACGGCGAGACUAGUCUUGUUCACAAAACAUAAUAGAAAGGAUAAAGAAGAAGAAACUGUAUCACUCAGUUUUUGUUGUUUUCGAUUGUCUUUUGUAUAUUGUACAUUUCGUAAAGGUAGAAGAAAAGAAUAUUCGGCUUUAUGACAAGCAGCUUGAAGCUCAAAAUGAGAAAGUUCUUUGAAAACAGUCGAAAGAUAUAGACUGAAUCGAGAUAAAAGUGAAUCGCAUAAUAUCCUCCAUAACUAUUCUCUGUUUAGAAUCUUUUGCUGGUAUUUGGUACCCUUCGAAUAGUUUCUAGAGCAUUUUAUAUGGGACAUUGUUAUUUGUGAGACUAAAAAAAUACAUAAUUUUGUAGCGUUUUUAACGAGCUAUGAAACUCUCGUAAUUUAUUGUAUUUUUGUACUUCCUGAAUCAAGCACUUUUCAACCGUGUAAGAGGAUCGUUAAGGAUAACAUUUUAGUGAAACGUUAUACAAUAUAGAGUGGGAUACAUAGAGUAUAUGGAUAUAUUGAUAUAUUUUAUGACGAAUUGUACAUGCUAUAGGUUGAUAGUGUCUGUUGUAGGUGGUCCCUUUAUAUGCACUAUACGGACCUAUUUGACUGGUCGAUCUAUCAAGUUGACCAAACAAAGGCUGCGUUCACACUACAAAAGUUAAAUGAGCUAAAACGAAGCUGAUUGGUCAGAAAGUUAACUCUGAGUUAAAUGAUGUUUCGGACAUCAUUUAACUUUAACUCUCCAAUCAUAAAUGAGCUCAGUAACCAAUAAUAUGGUUCCAUUAGACAAGGGAGGUAGCGCCAAUUCUAUUGUGAAACAAAUAUCUGACUCUCUACUCAAUUCUUCUGUUUGAGCUUAGAAAGGCAACUGUAGAACGUAAAUUCAAACCGGCCGGAUAGAGCACUGAAAUCAGCAAGCAGCACACUUUUAGAGGAAACGUCAAAAUCUUAGUGGUCUAUUAAAGAUUUAGGUGUGAACGCUCUCGAAGUUAACUUCGAGUUAACUCAGAGUUGACUCUGAAAAAUUUGUAGUGUAAACGCAGCCAAACUGGUCUAUUGAAAAGAAAUAUAUUUUAUAGUACAGAUAUCACAUGCACAGUCAUCGAAGAAAUCAUUCAUACAGGUGCAACACUUAAAAAUUACAAAGAAAUGUGCACUUUUCAAAUGUUUAUAUUUAUUUAUUAUUAUCGUAGUAGUUCUAUCAUAUUUUAUGAUCAUCGUGAGGUAUAGAAAUAGGUUUUUCUUUUCUCAUAUUUUUUAUAAUAAAGAUUACAUAUUUGAGAUAAGGUUAUAUCCUGAGCAGUGAUGUUUUCAGCUGUGUGCAUAUGUCCAUUUUAUUUCAUUUUGUUUUCUUUUGAUUUUUGGUUAGAUAUGGAAAACAAUAGAGAUACUUACAUUGAAUGCAUCAAGUUUAGAUAAACCAAUGAAAGUUGAUGAAUUAGUUAAAUUAAAACAACAAUUUCCAAAUGUUAAAUACAUAAAACUUUAUUUAAGUUCUACUUUAGAACAGAAUGAGAAUCAAAACGAUCAUGAUGAUCGUAUGGUUAAAUUAGUCUUUAGGAAAGUUCAUACAAUUGAACUCUAUCGUGUAAUGUAUGAACAAGAGCAAGUAAAUAUAUUAAAACAAUUAUUACCAAGUCUAUGUCGAUUGAAUACGGAUUAUUGUAGUUUAUGUUAUAUAACGUGUUUUCUUUCUAAUCAUAAUACGACUAAUAGUAGUUUUUUCAGAAACCAUAUUAUUGAAUUAAAUAUUUGUUUUGAUAGAGAAUUUCCUGGUUUAACUGCCAUUGAUUCAUUAUUUAAUUAUUUUUAUAAAUUAAGAAAUUUAUCAUUUUUAUUUAAAGUUAAAACGACAGAAUAUUUACGAUCAUCAGUUGUCAAUGAGAUUCUUUUACAGUUAUUAAAGAAAAAAGAAAAUAAUUCCUCAAUUUAUUUGAAGAUACAUUUCUGGUUAGAUUUUAUCACAGAUGAUGAUAGAGAUUAUUUUCAAAAGAUGAUAAUUACACAUUUUGACAAUGAUGAAACGAAAUUCAGCUUACAUUUUGAAAGAAAUUAUCUGGAACUUUGGAAGUGA